AUGUUGCCCGAAAAUGUGACAUUUGAUGAUUUCAAGCUAACCGCCUUCCCACUCACCUUGGAAGAUAAAGCUAGAGAAUGGUUAUUCAACUUGCCAUCGGGAUCUAUUCACACAUGGGAAGAGUUACUCAAGGCCUUCAAUAGAAAGUUCUAUCCUACCUCCCGGAUAUCAAGUCAAAGAAGUGACAUUUUGGGGAUUCGUCAAUGGGAGAAUGAGACUUUUCAUGAUUUUUGGGAGCGAUUUUAUGAGGGAAUGAAUGACAAAGAUAGGAGGAUGAUUGAUGCUUCAAGUGGUGGUGACAUCUUCAACAAGACACCCCAAGAGAUAAGAUCCCUUUUUGGAACCAUUUCUCAAAAUCAACGAAACUUUGGAACCCGAAAUGAAAUGAAGAGAAAUUCUCCACAAGUGGUUGGUGAAGUUAGCAACACUCAACACUUGGAAUCAAAGCUCUUGGAUUUGACUAAUGUGCUAAGUCAAAUGGUGGUGGGAAGUGGUCAACAAUUGAUGGUGUGUGGCAUUUGUGCAAUGACGGGGCAUUAUACGGAUAAGUGUCCCACUCUUGGAAGUGAACCGGAAGAUCAAAAUCCACCAAACAUUUUGAUGAGACCUCAACAUCCACAAUACCCCUCUCAAAAACCUCCAUAUCCACAAACUUAUUUUAACCCUCCAAAUUACCAACAACCUCCACCACAAGGCCAAUCAAGUGGUAACCAUCAAAUGAGCCUUCAAGAACUCGUUACUUCUCUUGCUCAAAUCCAAAGCCAAUUUCAACAAGAGACCAAGAACAUCUUCUCAAACAUUCAAGCACAAAUCGGAGACUUGGCUACCACUCUCAACAAGAUGGAACAAAGGGGUAGACUUUCAUCUCAAACUGAGAAGAAUCCCAAUGUGAGCACAAUCACCUUGAAAAGUGGGAAAACACUUGGAGAAAGCACCCCUAAAAGAGUUUCAAGAGAAGAAGAAGAUGAAGUCAUCAUUGUUGAACCUUCAAAAGUAGUACCUCCAAAGGAACCGGUUGUUCCAAACAUUGGUCAACCCGAAUCUUCCAACAAUACCAUAAAGCCAUUGGUCAUACCACCACCUUUCCCUUCCCGGUUAGCCUUUUCCAAGAAGAUAGAGGAAGAAAAUGAAUUAUUUGUAACUUUUCGCAAGGUCCAAAUCAACAUUCCACUAUUGAAUGCUAUUAAGCAAAUUCCAAGUUAUGCAAAAUUCCUCAAGGAUUUAUGUACCAAGAAGAGAAAAUUCAAGGCAAAUGAAAAGAUUCAAGUCAAUGCAAAUGUGUCUGCGGUUAUCCAAAAGAAGUUACCUCCCAAAUGCAAGGAUCCGAGAAUAUUUGCUAUCCCAUGUACCAUUGGUGAUUUGCAUGUCGAAAGGGAAACCGGAGUAAUCAUUCAAUUAGCAAACAAGUCAAGUGUGUCUCCAAGAGGAGUGUUGGAGGAUGUGUUAGUACAAGUUAAUCAACUUGUUUUUCUUGCGGAUUUUUAUGUCAUUGAUCUUGAGGAGAAGACUCCUUCCAAAUCAUCUAUGAUCCUCCUUGGAAGACCUUUCAUGCAUACCGCUCACACAAUCAUUGAUGUUCAUAAAGGAAAAAUUACUAUGGAGUUUGAUGGAGAAACCAUUCACUUCAACAUCUUUCAAGCAAUGAGGUACCCUAGCAACAUUUCUCCAUUGUAUCGAGUUGAUGUGAUUGAGGCAAUAAAUGGGAUAAUCCCUAAUGUAUUCAUAGACAAGAUACUCAUGGAAGAUGAUUGUAAGCCUAAGAGGGAAGCUCAAAGAAGAUUGAAUCAUCCAAUGAUGGAAGUGAUCAAGAAGAAGAUAAUUAAAAGGUUCAAAAGGUGCAAAGAGAAGAAAAAGGCAUUUCAUGACAAGUACAAAACCCAAAAACACUUUAUUCCGGGUAAAAAAGUUAUUCUUUAUCAUUCACGGUUAAAGCUAUUCCCGGGAAAAUUGCAAUCUCGAUGGCACGAACCUUUUAUUGUUAUAAAAGUGUUUGAUCACAGUGCGGUUGAAAUUAAGAGUUUGGAAACAAAUCAAAUAUUCAAAGUGAAUGGGCACCAUUUGAAACCAUUUUAUGAAGGCUUUGACAUGGGAGAAUUCGACAACAUAACAUUGGAAACUCCGAUUUACGAAGGUUGA